AGGAGGAAGAGGUAAGGGAAUAGCAGCGCGCAUUAGUAGAGCAACCAAGAUGACCCGUUGAGGGAAGACUCGAUUAGUCGAGAAAACCAGCACCAGAGAGAAAAAAAAAAAAGGAAAAAAAAGAAGCGUAGGAGGAGGAGCUACACGGCGCGAGAGUGAUCACAGCAGCUGUCCACCCAAGAGAAGGAACACCACCACAGUCGGGGGAUAGGAGAAAGAAAGAAAGUAAGAGAGAGAGAGAGAGAGGAGCGCGGGCUCCGCGCAGUGAGGGUCGCAGCAGAUGGGAGAAGCUCCGGCUGGGCCCGCGAGGGUGAUCAGUCGAGGAGGAGAGCCACGAGGGCAGCCGCCCAAUAAGCCCGCCAGGAGGCGCCGCCGCCAGAGGCCCGGACCCCGGCCCGGAGCUUUGCCCGGCCGCGGCCCGAACCGCCUCCUCCACACUCGACAGACCCGACCACCCCGACAAGCUGGAAUUGAUGGAGUUGGAGAACAUCGUAGCCAAUACUGUCUACCUAAAAGCGAGAGAAGGCGGUGGUGACAGCAACAAACGAAAGAGUAAGAAAUGGCGCAAGAUACUCCAGUUCCCGCACAUAUCCCAGUGCAUCGGGCUCAAAGAUAAACUCGACAUAAGGUACGGCUAUGUGGUGGACCAGCAGCCGAUCGGCCGGCUACUGUUCCGGCAGUACUGCCAGGACAAAAAGUCGUCGUAUCACCGGUACAAUUUGUUUCUGGACUCGAUCGAGAAGUACGAGGUGGAGAUGGACGAGAAUCGCACGGAAUUGUCGAAAGUGUUGUUCGAGCGUUACCUGAAACGCGAGGGCUCCGAGGUCACGAACGUACUCAACGACGCCCUCAUCUCGCAGUGCGAGGAACGCCUUGGCUCCGCCGGCAAGGAAAUCUUUGCCGAAAUCGCCCAGACCGUCAAGAACUUUCUGGCCGGCGAGCCCUUCGCCUCCUUCCUCACCUCCUACUACUUUUACAGGUAUUUGCAGUGGAAGUGGCUGGAGGCGCAGCCGGUAACGUACAAGACGUUCCGCAUGUACCGGGUGCUGGGCAAGGGGGGCUUCGGCGAGGUGUGCGCCUGCCAAGUGCGAGCCACCGGGAAAAUGUACGCGUGCAAGAAGCUCGAGAAGAAGCGGAUUAAAAAACGCAGGGGCGAAGCCAUGGUGCUCAUCGAGAAGAACAUCCUCCAAAAGAUCAACUCGAAAUUCGUCGUGUCGCUCGCUUACGCGUACGAGACCAAGGACGCCCUUUGCCUCGUGCUCACCAUCAUGAACGGGGGUGACCUCAAGUUUCACAUAUACAACAUGGGCGGUGAUCCCGGCUUCGACAUCAACAGGGCGAGGUUCUACGCGGCGGAGGUCGUGUGCGGGCUGGACCACCUCCACCAGCAGGGCAUCGUGUACCGGGACUGCAAGCCGGAGAACAUACUGCUGGACGACCACGGCCACGUGAGGAUCUCGGACCUGGGACUGGCGGUGGAGAUAACCGAGGGGGACAUGGUGCGCGGCCGAGUCGGCACAGUUGGUUACAUGGCCCCCGAGGUGAUCGACAACGAAAAGUACACCUUCUCCCCGGACUGGUUCAGCUUCGGUUGCCUGUUGUACGAGAUGAUAGAGGGCCAGGCGCCGUUCAGGGCGCGCAAGGAGAAGGUGCGCCGGGAGGAGGUGGACCGGCGCGUCAAGGAGGACCAGGAGAAGUACUCGCACAAGUUCACCGAGGAGGCCAAGUCCCUGUGCCAGCAGCUCCUCAAGAAGAGCCCCAAGAGCAGGCUUGGCUGCAAGUGCGGCCGCCACGGCGCCAAGGAGGUCAAGCUACACCCCUUCUUCCAGUGCCUCAACUGGAAGCGCGUCGAGGCGGGCAUGUGGGAGCCCCCCUUCAUCCCGGACCCUCACGCCGUGUACGCCAAAGAUGUUCUGGAUAUCGAGCAGUUUUCCACGGUCAAGGGGGUCAAUUUGGACGCCACGGACGACACGUUCUACAGCAAAUUCAACACGGGCAGCGUGUCCAUACCUUGGCAGAACGAAAUGAUAGAGACCGAGUGCUUCGAGGAGUUGAACGUGCUCGGCCUGAACAACGCGCCCACCCCGGAUCUGCUGAUAAACUACCCGCCGCCAAACAAUGAGAACAGAGGCUGCUUCCUCUUCCGCAGAAAGAAGAAGCAGAGCGCACGGACCCGUCAGGUCCCCAUAUCCGAGUGCUACCUGCGGGAGUUGACGCAAAACCAAAGCACCGAGCUGCCGGCCAGCUGAUCCGCGAUGAGUCCCAGCAACGGCCACGCCACCAAGGUCACCACGACCACGACGACGUGCGAGUGCAGCCGCGAGGACUGCGACGACUGCUGUGGUCUGCGACGCCUAGCCUGGGACAAAAAGCACCUCGACGCUACCCCCGAUCCAGUAGGCGAGCCAUCCCAACGGCCCGAGUGAUCGCGGAUCGACGUCCGCGAGAAGGUUGCCCUCUCGUCGCUCAUCUUAUACGUUCUUCCUGUCGCUCGGUUCUUCUUUUUCCCCCUCCCCCGUCGUAUCCUCGUCAUUCUAAUUUAGAGAAAAACAGACAGGCAUAUUUAUAUAUUUUUUUUUUUUCAAUCAACCGAGAGAACCACAAAAGUGGUCGCAUGCGCUGGCUGUUUCGGAGAGGCGUAUCGUCGAUUGCGCGCGGAGAGUGUAAAAAUACAUUAUACCUACGGCGCGAGUUACGUAUACACAAGAUCAUGUAAGAUCUUUGUUCGCAUACGCUUAGAUAGGGUAAGGAUCAUCGCGCUCUAGGAAUUGUUGAGUCGUCGGGAUUUCAAUUUCAAAAAUCGAUCGACUCGGUGGCGUACGUUUACCUACAUUCGGCGUACAGGACUUUUGUGAAAAGUCCCGGGGUUGCGCUGAUUUUGUUCCGUUUGUGUUGAUACCAUACUCCUGUAUCAAAUGAUAUGUCGUGCGCGUGGCAGCGAAAGAGGAAAAAACGACAAUUGUCGGAUAGUGGAAGGGUAAUUUUUAAGGUCAAUAACGUUUACCUUAUGUGGAAAAGAAAAAAAGUGGAAGUAAAGCUGUUACGGCUGUUCUUUAUGAAUUACAUGUAUAUGUAUAAAUAUAUAUCGUUUAAAACUUUUCCAUUUUAUACGUAUAGGUAUAUAUACACACAUGCGAUGUAUAGAACAUAUAGUAUAUCGUGCACGUAUAAUUUUGUAAAAUUUUUCUGUGCGGAAUUAACAACUGUUCAUAUAUAUAUACAUAAACUUUAAGCUAAGAACAAAAAAUAAUGAGAUUAUUUUAUGUACGUAUUUUUAUCGCUAUUUUACCGCUGUUUAACGAGGUUGUAUCUAUCCGCAGAACAACAACCGUUUUUUUUCUGUUUUUUUUUUUUUUUUUUUUUUUUCCUAAUUCAAUCAAUUGAUGGUGCAAAGUCAGCACUAAAUUGUGGUAUACAUGUGUAUAGCUUCAAUUGGGAAAUAGAGCCCAAACUAGGCCGAAAAGGAAAAGACUCGCAACAAAACAGUAAUAGGUACGUUUGAAUCGUUCGGUCCAUUGAGACGUUUCUCGGGACGCCGUGCUCAGCUCAAAUUGGCUUUGCACGCAGUAUUCAGUCGACACGUGGCGAAUAACAUUCUGGUGACUUGACUGAAUGUACGACUAGUUAUCUCGACGUGCCAGUAAAAAUUACUGGUGCACGUAGAACAGGGAAUCAUUGAUAUACCCCGAAAAUUGUCAAAUAAGAACUUUAGCGCACACAUAAACGCGUCGGAACUUUUUCUAAAUGUAUACUCGAGAUUUAUAAAUAAACUGCUGAGACACACACAUACACAGACAAGUAUCGUACACCCGUCCGAAACAAAGAAUCUUUGCAAUUAUCUAAAAGUGUAAAUUUAUGUAUCAAAAAAAAAAAAAAGUAAAAUAAUUCUUGACAGUGAAAAUUUCUUGUUUCGGCACUUGAUGCUGGCUUAAUUUAUAGUUUACCAUACAUUACAUGUACAUGUAUUAACGAGUAUGGUUACGAGAAAUUGACGAAAAAAAAAAAAACAAGCAUUAAAUUAAAAAAAAAUUCAAAUGCAAAGCGUAUCCUCGUUCUCUUCUUAUUUUAUCUUAAAUCUUGUAGAUUCGUGCGCCUUGUAUGCAGAUAUUAUGUUUGCUCAUUUUUUUCCCGUAACCUGCGUCUUAUAAAUUCUAAUGAAAGAAAUAAAAAAACGUAAGGAGAUUUAUUAGCACUUUUUUGUUGCACAUAAACGCAUACCAUUUAAAAUUCACAAUGAAACGUAUUACGUAAUUUUUACAAACUUUUUUACUUUUUAAAUGUUUUACAUGAAUUAAAACUACACAAAUACACUAUUGAAUAAAAAAGUUUUUACAUUUUAAGAAAAUUUUUUAAAAGGCGUAUUAUCACUUUUACAAUGAUUUAACUGAUAAUUUUUUUGAUAUUAAUUAAUUAUUUCACUGCCUGUGAAUCAUUGUCGUAAAAAUGUAGUGAAUCAAACAUCUAAUUUUUUUAGCACUUUUUCAAAUACUUUCAUCAAUUAAUAAUUUAAACUACUAUGAGACUUGGAUUACAAAGACAAGACAGCAUACAAUAAGUUCAAACUUUAUGGUCAUUGUACUUCUUUGAACUUGUAACUUUUACCAGCAAAUAAAUAGAGCUGUGACAAUCCCAGAAUGUCCCCUUAAAGAUGAAGCAUAAAAUAAGAAAAAAAAGUCACGGAGACGAAAAAUAGUAAUGCAAGAAUAAAAAUUCUAUUCAAGUUGGUAA